AGUUUCCCUGAGCUAGGAGCCCCGGCUUUGAUGUCAAUAAGCAAGCGCUGGUUUCAAGAAGCAGCUCUUUGAGAGAGUGAAGUGCCUAUCCUGCGACCGGCCAGUGACCAUGAUGACUGGGCCGCACCUGAUCACGGUCCGGAAAGCCACGCUGAGGCCUCGGCCUGCCAGCGCCAACGGCUACGAGUACCUGGCACGGAAGCAGAAAAUGGACCCGGAGACAAAUGAGGACAGCAGCAACCAGCCCCCCCAGACCUGCUGGCAGUGCCAAGCCCACCACCAAGUGUGCACCAUCAAGCGAAUGUCCAAGUCCCGGGACUUUGCUACCCAGUACCCUUACGGAGACCCAACCGUUCUCACCUACGACAACGCUGAGGUGGACAUUCUGGGCAUGAAUGGCGUUCUCUACAAAGGCCGGGUCAACGCUCAAGUGGCGGAGCGGACUCUGGCUGUGCAGAAGGAAUUCUUAGGUGUGAAGUCCCCCCGGCCCCCUUCUGGGCUCCGGAUGGAGAGGGUCCGCUCGGCCAUAGCAGAUUUCAAUUACAUGUCACCCUAUGCCUCCUCCACUGUCCGAAGGACCAGAUCUGCCAUGGGAACCCAGCGCCAGCCUCUGCCGCCAGCCCUGGAGACCAUGGACAGGGUGGUCCAUGGGAACACCAGCCUCAGCCACCACAGCUUCCACAACAAUGGGGGGGUUACAGGCAUGUGAGCUGCCGUGGGUCUCAGUGGCAGCCUCUCCAUUGCUCCUCUGGUCCCCCUCCCCGCUUUCCUGCUGAAUCUCUGGUGCCCCCUGUGGCAGGGCCAACGGGCAGCAGCUCCAGGGCCCAACUGCUUCUGUGUGGGCAGAGGCAGAGGGGAGAGACUUUGCCCCUUGGCUUCCCUGGGGGCCUUCCUGAAGUGUGCCCCGCCUUUGAACGAAGUGGGUGGGGUGGGAGAGGGCACCAGGCCUCCUCUGAAGCAGUUUGUGGAAGAGUGGGGAGGGGGCUGGUGGAGGGUGGGGUUUGCUGGCCAGGAAGAGACAGCCCCGACCAGCUGCCUUCUGAAAGCUGCCAGGGUUCUCCGCGGGAACUGCCCGGUGGCAUUUGGACUCUGCAGUAGAGCUGGCACGAGCCUCAAGAGCUCUCGGACUGAAUUGCUGACCCUCCUGGACAAGAUAGGGGCUGGAGAUCCUCUUGAAUCUGGCUGGUCUCUGGCAAGAUUUUGUUGAGGGCAAAACCCCCCAUAAAGAUUGUUUCUCUUUGUUAAA